AUGGAGAGCAGCGACGAAGAAACCACUGAGAAGCAGCGCAUUCACUUGCGCUCAGCCACGCUGUGCGAUGCUGCUCCGGCCAUUGUGCACCUCCUUCCCUGCGAGGUCCUGGUCAACGGGCCCGCUCCCGUUGAACGCUUCUUCACCCCCGCCAUCCGUCAGCGGCCCAGCGGACUCGAGGUGUCCUUUCGGGGCCGCAUUCUGCGGGGCGAGGAGGUGGCGGUGCCGCCCGGCGUCGCUGGCUACGUGAUGGUGAUGAACGAGAAGGCAGAGGUGUUGGCAGAAUUAGAAAGGAGACACAAACGGAGAGGUUUGGAGCACGAGGAAGAGGCGCAGGCGCGCUCGGAGCCGCUGGAGCGGGACUUCGACCGCUGUAUCGGGGCCACUGCCAGUUUUGACCACUUCCACCUGUGGGGCCUGGAGACCAUCCCCGGCCCAGACGCCAAAGUGCGGGGAGCCUUGACCUGGCCCAACCUCGCUGCAGCUAUUCACGCCCAGGUGCCGGAGGACUGA